AUGCAGAGGUUACCGCAGGAGCUCUUGAGAGAGAUAGUUGGUCUCGCUUUCAGCGAGGACAGCAACCCAACCAGGCACGCGCUCAAAGAUUUCAGACUUUUAUGCAAAGCUUGCGCGCAUGCUGCAGCACCGUUGUUAUUCAGAGAUGUACCAAUAUGGAUAGGCCGCCAGAGCUUGCAGAACCUAGUGUCUCUUUCAGAGCAUCCUUUGCUCCACCAAUACGUUCGCAAAAUCAUGUUUUCGCCACUACGCUUCAAUGAAAAGGACAUAAAGCAGUCGACAGAAUCAGUGAAAGCUAAGUGCGAGAUGUAUUGCCCUCAUGAGGAGAACAUUGACGGGAUCUGCGCCACUUACGCCUCGGCGUUGUCGCGAUAUUGGGAUGAGCAGUGCAGCUUGACCAAAGAUGAGCAAGACUUGAAAUUUCUCAUCCAAGCUUUCAAAAACUUGGGUAAUUUCACGUCGCUGCAGAUCGGUGGAUGCUACGUUGGCGGCCUAGAGAUAGCCUCACGGCUAGGCAAAGUCGACGGCGACGAGCUCUUAAUGGAUGGCCGGUACACCCUCACCGUGCUCUUCAAGGCACUCUGUGCAGCUUCUAAACCCCUCACAUCUCUGACGUUGGGCAACGAAGCUGAUCCGCCUUAUAAUGCUGAAAGACCGUGGUGGGAAAUGAUACCACCAGUGGAGGUCUCGGCCAUGUGCUUCGACAAAAACUCCUUUCUGAGCGCAUUCAAGGUUGUUCCUGAAGACAAGAGGCAGGCGGUAUUUGGAUCAAUUACAGAACUUCGAAUGCCGGAUCUCAAUGCUUAUCACCAGCGGCUCGAACCUUUCGAAUCAUUAAUGACAGCAAUGCGAUGGAUCGUGCAAGGCUGCCUCCAUCUUGAGACCCUAGAUAUCGGCUGGCUCCAGAAAGUUUGGGGCCGUGGGUUACCACCGCAGGCCCGUUUCAUAACAUCGUUAAUACCUUUCGAUCGCUAUGGCCACUUGGCAGGUCUCAAAAGCAUCAAACUGGACCAUAUGAAGGGUACUAUCAUGGAAAUUGGUGUCAUCCUCUGCACAAAAUGCGAGACGCUUGAGAAUGUUGAACUGACGUCUGUAUUUAUCAAUUCUCCAAACCAUUGGGCUCAACUAUUGAAAUGUCUAAAGGGCUAUGAUUUUCAUCGACUUCAAACCUUUAAUAUGAACGACUGCUUCAAAUUCGACUCACGGGGAAAAUCAGUCUCUGCGGUAGAAUAUAUCAGGGGAGUCACAGACGUCAAUCCGAUGGAGAGAGACCAGAAAGCACUGGAGGCCUACGGUCCAGGAUAG